GGUCGUACCAGACUGAGGGUAAGACGGUGGUGGUGGGCGGAAAGUGGAGGGCGAGUCCGUGGCGGUACAACGUCCUGUACUGGAAGCAACCCACCGUCCGCCCUGGAGACGUCCUCGUGUUCCGAUGGAGGUUCGUUCCGCAUGACGUGUGGCUGAUGCACUCAAGGAAAGCCUUCGCCAAUUGUGAUUUCUCUGCCGGCAGCGCCACCAGGAAGACUGCCAUCUCCUUCACCGGGAAAUACAA